GGGGAGAAAUCACGAACAGGCUGCUUUGUGUUGCUCUGCACAGCAGAGCAAUACAAAGCAGCUGGUCUCCCUAGUAAAACACACACAGCACAUAAUGUAAAAAAGACAACACAGCACAUAGUUAACCCUUUGAUCGCCCCAGAUGUUAACCCCUUCCUGUCCAGUGUCAUUAGUACAGUGUCAGUGCUUUUUAUUAGCACUGAUCACUGUAUUAGUGUCACUGUGGAUGUCAGUGGCAGUUAGCUCCCCCCCAGUGUCAGAAUGACUUCCACAGUCCUUCUAUAA